AUGGAUGUCCAGAAGCGCUUCAACGACGGUCCGGAACUUCAGGACUCGCAGCAGUCCAUGGCCAACAGCACGACUAAGCAGGAUCAAGAAGGCACUGCCAAUGCUCGUUUCAACCUUGUCUAUUUGCGUCCUCAAUUUGUAAACGAGGGGAAGGAUACUGCAGCCUCCUCGCCCAUCUUUCCCCUAGGGCGUAAGCCGAGACGCCAUCUCCCUGCUUAUUAUUUUGGCAUUCUGAAGAUCCAUCUUUUGACGCAAACUGUGCCUCCCUUGGAUGCCAUCGACCGCAGCCAGCGCUUGUUUAAGCAGACCAUUUCUACCUACUUCAAGUGUGUCACGGUAGGACCCGAUUCCAACACGUCUAGGCGUGCAGGAAUACGGAGGGGCCCCAGUGGGGUCCCCUCUUCCAUCUCGCAUCGCCUUAUUGCGCUGCGAGUUGAUGCUGGUUCGCUCGCGUGCUCUUUCGCAGAAUUUCCUUUGAGUCGGGGAGCAGAUAGGCUACGCCCCAUCCAAUACUCUGUUCUUUUAUUGGCGAAGGGAAGACAUCCCUUCUCCGCCGAAUCAAUGGAAGGUCGCUCUCGUGGCAGUAGCCAGCAGUACCCAGGCUUAUUGGCCCAUCUCCCGUGUGGGCACUGUAUACGCCGAUCAUCAUUCUUGGAUUCUGCUAAGACAAUCAAUCAAGGCAUCACUACGGUGUUAUUACCCUGCUCGCUAAAAGCGUCAUGCCAGAUUCUCAUCACGCAGAUGGCGAGCACUUCGCGGGACUCUGUCUCCAGCCACCGUUCGCCACUACUCCGGAGAUCUUUCUCCGGCCUGGACGACUCUCUUGGCGUAGAGGAAUCGAGCAAUGAUCUUAUACACUCACAAUAUGAACUUUCGCUAUCAUCAUGGGACAGCAACUCUACGAUGUCCAGCCGACCUGGACUAGGUCGCACCUUGGAUCGACCUCUGCGCAAAGCAGGGGACGCCGUCGUCGCUAUGAUCAGUCGGAUGUGCGAAGAUAUGGGCAGAGGGCCGAACGCUCUAAUGGCUCGUAUGCUGACCUCCGGGGAAUGGGGCGCUCAUCGUUGUCAUAGCCUCUUUUGCCGCGUUUACCAGGAUUCCCUUGGCCCGGCUGUGUUGUGGUCUUGUCCAUCUAUCGAAAAGAUCCUCGACAUCCUGUUUUCUCCGUAUUGCCAGAAAUGUCGGGAGUGCUAUGCGCUGUCUCUCGUGCGAGACGAGAUUUUUACAGAAGGGUGCCGUAAACUCGUUCAAGGUAUCCGGGGAAGUAACCAGUCGAUUCAACGCCUAUGUGCACAUUACGUUUGUGCCCUCUCUCAUUUCCAUCCGUCAUUUCGGCAGCAGCUCCUGCGAUCUGGAGCUCAGGAAGCGCUGGAGGAACUAUGUACAGCUGCCAUACUAUGGCGAGAGGACCUUCUAGCACGCCCCGCCACCAACGCGCUUGAUAGCCUGAGUAAGACCUUGCUUUUACCUGUGAUCAAAGACUUCAGCGCGAGCAAACUUAGAGUCGAUGAAUAUUAUCCUUGUCCGCUUUCUGAGGGCGAUCUCUCAUCCAUGGAGCCUAAAACUUGGGAAUGCGUCACAGAACUAUUGUAUUACCUCUCUCUCACCCAAAUGAUUGCACCCCUGGCUAAAGCACUCGAUGCAGAGGUGGUGGAAUGGUUGUGGUCCGAACUGCUGUCGUCUCGUGAUCCCGUUGCACGGGGGGUUCUAGGACGGUUGAUUUGCAACUUGUAUGACUUCUUGUCAUAUGCUGCUUUCACAAAUAGAUGGGAUACGGAGAGCGGUGUCCAGGCUGGUGUAUGGCUUUGGACAAAUCUGUGGAUUCCCUUUUUCCGUCUUGCGUGGAACUACUCUGUCCCACUCGGCGCCUUCCCACAAGCAGAACGAUUUUGCCGUAGUGCACCUAAUACGAAACCUCAACUAUUACGCAAGGACCCCAUCGAAUGUCUUGGUCAAAAGAUAGCCUCGCCACUGUUCUUCGUAGCCGCCAUCCUCGAGAAAGAGCGACGUGUAUCCGGGAAUCUGAACCUGCAUGCCAUCGACCGAGCGGUGCCUAGAGGUGUCCUCCAGGAAACAAGCAAGCAGAUAGCGCAGAUAUUGUUGAGCUGCAAUAAUCCUGCGAACGACAUCGCGUUCCUGAAUCCAGUGUUGAAGUCCGCAGUGCCUUGGUACGAUACUGUCUGUAGAUUUGAGGUCCGAAGAGCCCUGAAGGGAUAUCUGUCGCACACCAACCCCUUACUGAGGCGAAAUGCGAAACUCGCGAGGGCCCUACUGAAUAUCGACGUCACAUGCUAUGAACUUCGCUGCAGUGGAAUCGUUGUGGGGGUCCUUGAAGGGGGACCGCCUCAUGGACUAUGCGUGUUGGACGAGCACGAGGGUCUGCCUUAUCGACCGGAUCAAAACUAUAGGGAUGAGUUCCCUGUAAGACGUCUGGUGGCCAGCAGUAUCUGGCGCGAUAUUCGUUGGGUACCGUGCGCGGAGAUCGACCUACGUUCAUCGUUCUACGAGCCGCUCACAAUUGUCUUCCAUGGCGAGGCAUAUCACAUCGUUUGUAAACGUGACACGUCCCUUCGCACCCCGCAUCUCGGCCUUCUUCCCUUGACGUCGCAGCCCGCAGCCAUCAGCCACGAUGCCGCCGAUGUGGGGAGUUUGCACAUUUUGUGCGCAGUAGUCACGGGGCCGCCAGGCUCUUGUCCGGUGUUCUGGCAGGUUGGUCCGGUUGAGCCUGUAAACCUUACCUUCCGGGGGGCAACUCCCGCAAAUCGCAAGGGGGAAAAUGCAUGCAGUAUGAAUGAAGCAGGGCAAAUUAUGUUAACAGUGACUAUCAGGGGUGAACUAGGGUUCUCGUUGUCCAAAGGAUAG